AACGGGCACAAGGGGAGAAGAUCUGAUCUGAAGUUAAUCGUUAAAUGUUAAAACUCAUUAUCGUUCUGUUAAGUUUUUAAACCAUAGAUCACAUUCUGCCUUUUACAUGUAGUGUCAUUUCUUCCUCAUCCUCAGCCCCGCCCACCUCCUGCUGCAGAGGAUGGGUGUGGACGUACAGUGUCAAAUUACACACAAAUUACAGACCUGCUCAACAGGCCCCCGCUCCCUCUGCACCUUCAUUGGUCGAGAACCCACCCGCUGCAUUCAACCAGCCUGCUUCCUGCAGGGCAAACACUGCCUGUUUGUGAGAGGAAAUGACAUCACAGCACCAGGAGCCGUGCCACAAAUACACUGAAAACAGAUGAGGACCCAACGUCCACUUCAGCCUCCACUGAAAAAUAAAAAAGAAAGAAGAAAAAGAAACAGAGCAGCUUUGAGAAGAGCCACCGUGAAGCAUGUCUGCUGGACACGCAGAGACUCCACGAGACUCGCCAUGUCAGAGUGGGACUGCUGUUUUCUUUUCGAACCCUUUGAUGAGUGAUGUUGAAUCCGACUGGUCUCCAGUUCACGAUGCCGCCUUUAACGGACGUUUGCUCGCUCUGCAAAGGCUCACGGCACAGGGUGCAUGUGUGAAUCUGAACACUCUGGACCAGGUUUCUCCCCUCCAUGGAGCCUGCAUGCAAGGCCACGCAGCCUGCGCCAAACUCCUGAUAGAAAAUGGGGCAAAAGUAAACAGUUCAACAGUGGAUGGACAGACCCCGCUGUCGGAGGCUUGUGCCCGGGGCCAUGUGACCUGCGUCUCGCUGCUCCUUCGACAUGGAGCUUCUCCCUCAGGGACCGGCCAGUCCAGCUCUCCGAUCCACAGGGCGGCCGCCAAAGGUCACCCAGAGUGCAUUGAGCCGCUUGUUCAACAUGGCGCAGAUGUGGAUCAGUAUAUCGACCAAUCAGGUUUCCCUCUGCAUGCUGCCUGCUCCAAUCAGCAUCUGAGUACUGUGAGGAAACUGCUUCAGCUCGGCGCUACGGUGAACAGCAGUGUGUCCGGCGACUCUCCGCUGCACAUCGCCGCCCGUCUGUCCAGCCCCGAGCUGGUGUCUGUCCUGCUGGACCACGGGGCCGACGGCUCCCUCAGGAACCCAGAGGGCAAGCAGCCGCUGGACCUCGCCCCUCCGGACAGCCUGGCGCAGAGGCUGCUGAGACAAGCAGGAGGAGUGUCUCCUCUGACGCAGCUGUGCCGGAUACACAUCAGGAAAACUGUGGGCAAGCAGAGGCUGGGCGGGAUUCACGACCUUCACCUGCCCACAGAGGUGAAACAGUAUCUCCUCUACCGAUCAGACCCAGGGGGAGACUGAGUGCACCGAGAGACACAGGACCGCUCAGAGUGUUUCACUUCCAAGUCAGCAGGGGGUGUACUUGCAUAACCUUAGCAGUGAGACGUCUCUCGGCUCAUGGUUGAGUUUGUAAUUAGCUGUAAUGAUUUUCCUGUGUGGCAGUGAGGGGAAACAAACCGAUCUCCAAGAUCAAUCUGGACUUUGUGUGGAAGCGCAAGUCUUAGAGCCUCGUUAAAUAUUCAUGAACAAUAAGAUGUACAUACUGAUACUAAUAGGUUUUUUGAAUUACACAAGUCUCCACAUUUAGCUAAUAUUGUAUUUUUUCUGUAAAGAAACAUGUUCUUAAUGCUGCUGUAUUGAGAGUUUUUUCUCUAGACCUACAAGACAUUAAAUAUCAUCUAA